UUAUAAUUUAUGUGCUUAUAUUUUGUCAAAAAUAUAUAGAGAGAGAGAAAAAAGAUUAUGAAACUUGGAGUCCUAGCGCGUGAUUGACAACCUCUUUAGAUAGCGCGUGGACGAAAGAAUGAAGUCUGCCUUGACUUGUGAAGGAGCGAAAUGUUUAAGGAAUCAUUAGUGUGUGUUUCUCCGCCCCAUACCCCAACGCGCCACCGCAAGUCUCGCCACAAAGAGAAGAGGAAUCCCGGAAUCCGCCAUGACUGAUCACCUUCCGCGCCUUCGCCGGCUCCGUUCGACCGCCCAAAUCUUCAGAGAAGCCGCCUCCUCCUUCAAUUCCAAUCUCUUCACCUUCCUCCUCCUCUCUCUUCUCCUUCUCUCCUUCCGCCUCGUCCUUGAGAAUGGUACCCAUCUCGUUACCUCCAUCAUCGACCACGACCCCUCUCUCAACGCUCUCCUCUCUCGCCUUGAUCCUCCUGAUAGCCGCAGCCCUGCCGGAUCUUCCCAAGACUCCUCCACGUCCACUCGCCGCCGCCGCCGCCGCCCGUUUCUCCACCUUACGCGCGUCGGAACGCUGGACGAGGACUUCUUCUCGGGCGAUGGUGAUGAGGAUCGCAGCCUCUUCGGGGCCAACAAGAAUUUUUCCCCCAAUCGCAGUUUCGUGAUGUUCAACGAUUUUGACUCGGUGUUAGGGUUUUCGGAUUCCGUAGUCGAUAGCGGGGUAAGUGUUUCGGAGGUCGUUCGCCCUGGAGUUGCAUUCAGACUCAGAGCUGAAAUUGCGUCUUUGGCAGUUGAUAACGACAGUGCUGAAGAUCAAGAAGAAGAAUACAGAGAUGGUAACGGUCAACCGGAUGUGGAUAGAGUGGUGGAUUUACAAUUCGUUGUGAAAGGAUUGGAGCUUGAUCAUCGGGAAACGGCAGCACUGUUCUUUCUGUUGUUAAUGACCUAACCGGGAGGUUUAGCUCACUGGUUGGUACAAUCUGGAAUGGAUCCAUACUGGGGCUUAAGCGGCUUUCCGGGUAUAUUAUCAUGAGAUGGGCAGUGAGGGAUGCCAUAACUCAGCUUCUUGGAUUGUGGUAUUUUGGUGAAAUCGAAAGCAAGUACUCAUUUUUCAAGCUAUUUGUGAGGUUGAAGUUGAUGCCAUUUUCAGUUAUGUUCCCUUGGAUUCAAGGUUUUGAGAAGGAGAUAUCUGGAUUUCUAUUUACAUGGUUCUUUAUGGACACACUUCUAGCUUUCGUAUUUGCUGUUGAUGCCUGGGUAGUCAUUGCCGAUUCAAGGCGAAGUGGAAGACAAAUAGUGAAGGAAGGUUGUUAUUUGUUAUCGAUUAUGUUGAAUCAGGCUGUCCAAGUAAAAUGUUUGGAAGCUAUAUUUUGUGGCUCUCUUUUUAGGGGGAUUCUAGCUAAGGUUUUGGGAAAAUAUGUUGCCAUGGUUUUUCAGUCGGUUGUGGAGGUAUACUUUAUGGUUGCUUGGUUGAUAUUCUACUUUUCAGCUAGAUGUAGAGAUGCCCACUUACAGGGAAAGAGAUUUGGUCAGAGAGAACUUGAGGGCUUGACUGAUGGACUCAGGUAGUAUUAGGUAACUAUACUAUACCGAGUUCCAACUGCAGGCUCCAAUUAUAACAAAUUAGGCUUGAUUUCUUUUUUUGCACCUAUUUGUAGCUCUUUCUGAUGCCCUCUGGUUGAGUCUGUAGUCUCCAGAAAAAAGUGUUGUAUCUACUUUACACAAGGCAAGAUAUAUUAUUGUAUAUUUGCAGAGAAAUCCUUUCUUAUGUUUGUAGGUUGUGUUUAUGAAUUUGUAAGUUAUCUGUUAUAUUGGAAUUCGGAAAGAAAAGAAAUUGAGAUGAUUUGGGUUUCUUUCGCCCGUCGAAAAUUUCAUGCA